AUGUCGAUCGAGGAGUCGGCCGCCUCGACGAGCAAGGAGCUGAGCUUGCUCGGUGCCUCAGCUUCGAGCUCGACCUCGACCUCGACCUCGACCAGCGAUGGCACCUCGGCGAGACGGCGAAAAGUCGGCACAUCCAACUCACGAACUUCGGCACGGAAAGCUUCGGGACCUCGAAUCGAGAGUGACGAAGGAGAAGACGAGCGGGAGGGCGACGAAGACGACCGGACGACGUCAAGAUGGAAGGCUCCGACGAAGUCCAACUUUAGCUUCCAGGUCCAUCACCACCAUUCGCAGAACCCGACAAACCCUCAGUUUGACCACCUCGGGGUCGUGCCGUCGACGGCAGGGAAAUGGCUUAAUUCCAACACCCCCUACGUCCUCUUGGGGUGA